AUGGCUGCUAAUCCUGGGAUUGGGAGCUCUAUAGCUCCCCGUGAGCAAGUAGUAGUUGUUCAUCGGGAGGCCAUUCAAGAUCAACGCGCCACCAAAACAACCAUCACCGAUGUCAAGGACCGGAAAUUCUCAUGGGGCAAACUCCGCCGCAUCGACUCUCUUGAUUUGGAGGCCGGUAGAAUUUCCGGCCAUCAUGGCGGCCACGGCUCCAAGGGAGGUUGGAUAAAGACGUUGAGUUUGGCAUUUCAAAGCCUAGGUGUUAUUUAUGGAGACAUCGGGACUUCUCCGCUAUACGUUUUUUCUAGUACUUUUCCUGAUGGAAUAGACGACAAAAACGACAUCCUUGGGGUGUUGUCUCUCAUUAUCUACACCAUCAUUUUGGUGCCCAUGAUCAAGUAUGUCUUUAUUGUCUUGUGGGCAAACGACAAAGGUGAUGGCGGGACAUUUGCUCUCUACUCCUUGAUUUGUAGACAUGCGAAGGCGAGCCUAAUUCCAAACCACCAGCCAGAGGACAGGGAGGUUUCUAACUACAAGUUGGAUAUACCCUCCAACCAGCUGAGAAGAGCUCAAAUGGUCAAGGAAAAACUUGAAAGCAGCACCAAUGCGAAAAUGGUGCUUUUCAUUGUUACCAUCCUUGGAACUUCAAUGGUAAUUGGUGAUGGGGUCCUCACUCCCUGCAUUUCAGUUCUAUCUGCUGUGAGCGGGAUUCCAUCCCUGGGCCAAGAUGCGAUCGUGGGAAUUUCAAUUGUGAUAUUGAUAAUUCUUUUCUGCGUCCAACGCUUUGGAACUGACAAGGUUGGCUUCACAUUUGCACCUGCAAUCUGCUUGUGGUUUUUGUUCAUAUCUGGUAUUGGCCUCUAUAAUUUGUUCAAGCAUGAUGUUGGGGUCCUACGUGCUUUCAAUCCAAAAUACAUUGUUGAUUACUUCAAAAGAAAUGGCAAGAAAGGAUGGAUAUCCCUAGGUGGAGUUGUCCUAUGCAUUACAGGGACUGAAGCUAUGUUUGCUGAUUUGGGCCACUUUAGCGUGAGAGCCGUUCAGAUCAGUUUCUCCAGUAUAGUGUUCCCAGCUCUACUAGCAGCUUAUAUAGGGCAAGCUGCAUACCUGAUGAAGUUUCAAGAUCAUGUCAGUAAGACAUUCUACGAUUCAAUUCCAGAUCCAAUUUAUUGGCCUACAUUCGUUGUAGCCGUGGCUGCAGCCAUUAUUGCCAGUCAAGCUAUGAUAUCCGGAGCCUUUGCAAUUAUUUCUCAGUCCCUUAGUCUUGGUUGUUUCCCAAGGGCUAAAAUUAUUCAUACUUCUGCCAAGUAUGAGGGCCAGGUUUACAUUCCUGAGGUCAACUACAUCCUCAUGAUUGCUUGUGUCCUGGUUACUUGGGGCUUCAAAUCUACUACAAAGAUCGGCAAUGCCUAUGGUAUUGCUGUGGUUGCUGUCAUGGUGAUAACAACUUCUCUACUCACAUUAAUUAUGCUUGUGAUAUGGAAGGCAAGCAUAUGGUGGAUUGCUAUAUUCUUUGUGGUAUUUAUGUCCAUAGAGAUGACAUAUCUGUCAUCUGUACUCUACAAAUUCAAAGAUGGAGGAUAUCUUCCUUUGGCUUUUGCACUUGUCUUGAUGAUAAUCAUGGGAAUCUGGCAUUACGUCCACAAGCAGCGUUACUUGUUUGAGCUCAACAACAAGGUAUCCAGCGACUAUGUUAGGGACUUGGCCAAAAAUCCACAAAUAAAAAGAGCACCUGGAAUUGGAUUGUUGUAUUCUGAACUCGUCCAGGGUAUUCCACCAAUAUUUCCCCAUUUUGUUUCUAACAUUCACUCAGUUCACUCGAUCAUCGUGCUGGUUUCCAUCAAGUCUAUCCCGGUCAGUAAAGUGGCAUUGGAUGAAAGGUUUCUGUUUCGACAAAUUGAGCCUAGAGAUUACAGGGUUUUUCGAUGUGUAGUAAGGUAUGGAUACAAUGACCGAAUCGAGGAUUCUGAGGUUUUUGAGCAGCAGCUAGUGGAGAACUUGAAGGAGUUCAUAAGACAUGAGUAUUUUGUCCAUGUAAGUGGGCAUAUAGAGCCUGAUUUUGUAAACGUCCAGCAACAUUCAGGAUUGCUGUUGAAAGAUGGAAAACCUCGACGAUCCAGUGCAUCUGUAGUUCAUAUCGAGGAAUCAUUACCACAGGCACAACAAAGUGUAUCGCAAAAUUCGUCAAACUCAAUCCAAUCAUUCAAUGAGGCCAAAUCAAUCAAUUCCUCGAUCAGGCUUGCCGCAGGGUCCAAUCAGUUGGGUCUGGAAGAUGAGCUACAGGCUGUGGAUAAAGCCUCAGAGCAAGGUGUGUUUUAUCUUUUGGGUGAAGCAAAAGUUGUGGCAAAACAAGAUUCAUGCUUCUUCCGUAAGUUUAUUGUCAACAAUGCCUAUAGUUUCCUGAGGAAGAAUUUUAGGCAAGGGGAAAAGGUAUUGGCCAUUCCUAAGACUAGGCUAUUAAGGGUUGGGAUGGUGUAUGAAAUUUAA